AUGGGAAAGAAGAAAAGCAUGAAGUACAACAGUGUCACAGGCAAUUAUGGCUAUUUGACAAACACCCAACUUCAGAAGAUUGAGCUGCCCAAGUUCAUCAAGUGCGACUUAUGCAAGAAGUCGAAGAGUCCCGAGGCAUACAGCAAGGCCCGUCAGGCCGAAGUUCGCGCAGCCAUUUACCGUCAGGGUCGAGAGCACGCGACUUAUGCUGUUCUAUGCGGCGCUUGUAGUGGUAAUGGACAGAGCGAACUCGAAUGCAUCGUCUGCAAGGAGUGGAAAGACAUUGGGCAUUUUGCAAAGGCACAGCGUAAGGACCGGGACAACGCCACAUGCUUGAGUUGCAUGGAUGAGAGGACUAGUUUCGAUCCUGUCCAUCUUGAGGCGCCGUCAACAAGGACAGAUAGUGAUAACGAGAGUGACUACGACUACUCGGACGUUUCAGAUGACUUGUAUUCUGAUGAUGACGACGACACAUCCGAGGCGCACAUCAUGAAUUAUGACAACGCUUCGAUUAGCACAAAUCUCGACAAACUUUCAAUCGCGGAGACCGAUAGUGGCUCCGUUAGUUCGAUUGGAAGCUCACGCUUGGCAUCUACACUUUUCAGUAGUCUUAAUGCUGCUAGGAUGAAUACUGCUGGAGGCGUUCCACUAUCUUCUGGUCGGGCUAGCGGCCUAGGUCAGAGCCAUGUGGUACCUAGGUCUCGGAUUGCCGUCUCCACGUCUGCCGAAUCUUCCUACGCAAGCAAACAUCUUCCUCGAGCUGGCUCCCACAAUUCAAACAACGCAGAAAUAGGUGCUGCAGAAUCAACUGGCAGCAAUGGGCACGAGUCGAGCACCGACAGUGACGCGGAAAGCAAUGACAGCAUCCACGGCAACGAUCUGGAAGACGAUGAAUUCGACAAAGGGCCAUGGCGUGGCAGUAAUGCUGUCAGCUCGUCGUCGGAGUCGUGA